CUCUCGAACUUUUCAAACCGCGUUCACACUUUUAGUCCCUCCCAUCAUCAACACUAUCGUCUCUCUCUCUCUCUCUCAAGCUUCUCUGCGUGCGAGUUGGUCAAACAACAGGAUAGUGAAGAAGAAGAUGGAUCAUCAAAAUGGAUACGGUGUGGAAGUUACUGGUUUAUCACCAGCUGUCACUGAGAAAGAUCUCGUAGACUUCUUCUCCUUCUCUGGUGCAGUUGAAGAUAUUGAUAUUGUCAAGUCUGGUGAGCAAGCGUGCACUGCUUAUGUGAUGUUCAAGGAUUCUUAUUCUCAGGAAACUGCUGUUCUACUCACUGGUGCAACGAUAUUGGAUCAGCGCGUUUGCAUCACUCGUUGGGGACAGCAUCACCAGGAGUUUGACUUCUGGAACGCGAGUUUUGAAGAUGAAGCUAACUCUCAUCCUCAUCCGCAGCGAGGCGAGUUCAACGCGGGAGAAGUGGUGAAAUCAAUGCUGGCUACAGGGUUUGUGCUAGGCAAAGACGCUUUAACCAAAGCUAAAGCCUUUGACGAAUCCCACGGUGUAUCAGCUGCGGCAGCUGCUAGAGUAUCUCAACUAGACCAGAGGUUCGGUCUCGCUGACAAAAUCUUCGCUGGGGUUGAAGCUGUCAGAUUGACCGACCAGAAGUACCAUGUUUCAGACAAAGCCAAAUCAGCCGUCUCUGCCACGGGAAGAACCGCUGCGGCAGCUGCAACUAGCGUUGUCAAUAGCAGUUACUUCUCCAGCGGAGCUCUUUGGCUGUCCGGUGCGUUAGAGCGGGCGGCUAAGGCUGCCUCUGAUCUCGGCAGCCGUGGACCAAGGCAGUGAAUAGACCGACGAACUGAUCAGAACCGUAUUCGUAUUCGUAUUCGUAUUCGUCUGUGAUUGUGAAUAUAUAUGUGAUGCAAAGGUGAUCAUGAAUAUAAACUUACUUGCGUAUGUAUCAAAAGUAUGUGCCACGUGAAUACAUGUGGAUAGAUUUGUCUUAAGAUGGAGCUUUGGCCACGUGGCGCAAUAUGUACCAAUGAUAGGAUGCAAAAACACACAGAACUCAAUCCUCUCUCGCUCACUCCACAACGAACAAGAAGGCUUUUACCAUGGCUGCAUCCUCAAUUCCGCCGUCAACCAUCAUCAUUCGCAAAUCGCUCCUCCUCUCCACCACCACUUUCUCCUUCCCCGCUUCUUCCUUGCCUUCCUCCAUCAACUUACCGCAAAAACACAUUCACAGAAGACUCCUCCUAGCUUCCUCCUCCUCCUCAGCCGCCGUUCCUUCCGAUUCCAAACCCGCAGUGAAGAAAGAAACUGUCUAUUUCGACGGCGGAGCUCAUUACGGGGAUCUACUGGCGAACCUCGUCUUAGGCCUAACCAUCCUCUGGCUCCCACUAACGCUAGCAGCCGUGUCUCGAGCGUUUAACCUCCGUUACAGGUUCACCAACCUCCGCGUGACGGUGAUAUCGGGGAUCACCGGAGAAGACCGGAGCGAUUUCUCGUACAAGGUGAUCAAGGACGUCCAGGUUGUGCCGAGGUUCAUCGGAGAAUGGGGGGACAUCAUCAUCACGCUGAGAGACGGGACGAAAGUGGAUCUGAGAAGCGUUCCUAAGUUCAGAGAGAUUGCUAAGUACUGCUUGUCCAUGGCUGAUCAACCUGCCGUUGUCAAAGAAUCUGGUGCUAAAGGCUUCUGAAAAUUGUUUCUCAGUUUUUCCAGUUCUUGGCAAAAUGAUUGUUAAAUCUUUUGUGAUUAUUGAUUGUUCAGUAGAAUUCGAGUCGUUUUCAUCUUCUCUGUUUGUAUCUUUCUAUCUUAUCUAUGUGGGAGAAGAACUACGUAAUUGGCGCGCUUUUAGCUGUGCGAUAAGAAACGUCUUCAUGUUUGGUUUA